UUGCCUAAGACCCUCAGUGUGCAACUCGGUCUCUAGCUGUAAUGUCUUGUUUCGCUGCUCAGAAACAAGCAUUGUCAAAUAUAUUUCUUGUGUUCGACAUUAUGUGACAUUACAUCAUGGCUGUCAAAUGUGAAACAUGUGGAGAGGAUGUAGUGAAUAGCCAGUCUUAUUCUGAUAACAAGUGUCCAAAUAUUUCUGAAUUAGAAAACUGUAAACUUGUUUGGAUGUGUUCAGCAUGUAAAGCUUCCGCUGAUGCUUAUGUGUGUUCCAUUCCUUCUAAGCCAUAUGACGAAUACGAAGUUAUCGGCGAAGCGCAAUGGCAGAUACUCGAGAAUACCCAGGACGACCAGCUCAUCAAAAUAUACGGCUUCAAAUACUCCAAAUUGCGCGCGGCUAUAUUCCACAGCAUAUGCAUUGCGCUAUGUGGCCUGCCAUAUUUUUUUCUGGCUUGCUAUCCGUCAUUCAACCGCUUCAAAUACCUAAAAUGCAGUUUGAGAACGGCUGAAGAAGUGUGCAUAACGGAUGCCGCAGAAAAGGCUUUCAAUAUGGAAAAAGUAACUGAAAUGGACUUGAAUCUUUCAACCCACAGAGAAAAUAAAUUGCGUUUCUUUACCUACCAACAUAGUCGGUACAUUUGGCUCCACGAUCAUGGGUCUUUCGUCAAUGUUGUAGCACUGAACGAGAAAAUGACAAUUACUUUGCUAAUGGAAAACAACUGUGGAAUCAACAAGAGGCAGCAAAAUGAACUGAUAAAACUGUAUGGACCGAAUUCUGUGGAAGUAGAAGUGAAGAGCUACUGGACACUGUUCGUGAACGAAGUAUUCAACCCGUUCUACCUGUUUCAAGUGUUCUCGAUCAUACUGUGGUCUUUGGACGAAUACUAUCAGUAUGCGACGUGUGUGUUCCUGUUGUCCACUGCAUCUUGCAUGAUGGCCCUCUACCAGACGAAGCAGAUGAGCAUAAACCUGCACAAGAUGGCGGGCACGACUAGCGCGUUCACAGUGACAGUAUUGAGACCGUCUCGUUCCGGUCGCGAGGAGUGCGUGGUGAAUGCCAGCCGCCUGGUUCCUGGUGACGUGUUGGUGCUGCCGCCCGACGGAUGUGUCAUGCCCUGCGAUGCCAUGUUGCUUACUGGCACCUGCAUCGUCGAUGAGAGCAUGCUCACUGGUGAAAGUGUACCGGUUGUGAAAGGACCUCCAUGCUUGUCUCCGGACCCAUAUUCCACUGAAAUGCACAAAAGACAUACGCUUUUCGCUGGGACCCACGUGAUUCAGACGAGAUUUUACGGCAACAAUCAGGUAUUGGCGAAAGUGGUGCGCACUGGAUUUUACACAGCCAAAGGAGAGUUGAUCAAGAGUAUCCUGUUCUCCAGGGAGUUUCAGUUCCAAUUCUACAAGGACGCUGCUAAGUUCGUCAUCUUCAUGGCAGUCAUUGCCGCUAUCGGAAUGGGAUACUCCAUUCUGCUUUAUAUUCAGAGAGGGAGCGAGAUCGGCACAAUCCUUCUGCGCACGUUGGACAUUAUAACGAUCGUAGUGCCGCCCGCGCUGCCGGCCGCCAUGACCGCUGGCAUCGUGUACAGCCAGCAGCGCUUGCGCAGGAACAAGAUCUUCUGCGUGUCGCCGCCGCGCAUCAUCAUCUGCGGCAAGCUGCAGGUCAUGUGCUUCGAUAAGACUGGAACUCUAACAGAAGACGGCCUGGACUUAUACGCGGUGAUUCCCGCUUGUUCCGGCGAGCGCUUUGGGCGUUGUGUGGUGGACGUCAACAUGCUUCCACUGAAGAGUCCGCUGGUACAAGCACUCGCUUCCUGCCACGAUCUUACCAGCAUACAGGGGCAACUCAAAGGCGACCCGUUAGAUCUGAAAAUGUUUGAGUUCACUCAGUGGGUAUUGGAAGAGCCGGGACCAGAGAACACGAGAUACGAUCAUCUGACUCCGGCUAUCGUCAAGCCCGCCACCACGCGGGAUGAGGACUUGCAGAACCUGGACAAUUAUGAUCCGUUUACUAUGGAGAUGCCUUAUGAGGUCGGUUUGCUGCGGCGAUUCCACUUCUCAUCAUCCCAGCAAUCUAUGGGCGUUAUUGCCCGAGUACUGGGGCAACCGCAGAUGGUGUACUUUGUAAAGGGUGCCCCCGAAAAGGUAGCAGGCAUGUGUUCGCCAGACACUCUGCCAGAGAAUUUCAGUUCAGUUCUUCACGAGUACACUUCCAAUGGGUUCCGCGUCAUAGGUCUCGCCCACAAGAAGUUGGAGCGUAAGAUGAAGUGGAUGGACGCUCAAAGGAUCAAGAGAGACACACUCGAGUGCGAUAUGGCCUUCCUAGGCUUUCUAGUCAUGCAAAAUAGCCUAAAGCCAGAAACCACUCAAGUGAUCAAGGAGCUUCACGAGGCUAAUAUGAAGCAGGUUAUGGUGACAGGAGACAAUAUAAUGACGGCGAUGUCGGUGGCGCGAGGCUGUUUCAUGGUACAGCCGCACCAGAAGCUGCUGUUGAUCACCGCCGGGCAGCCGCAGACGCAACCGCAACUGCCGGUCAUCGACAACCGCCCGCCGCUCUGUAUGGAAGUUGUUGGUGAUGGAGGCCCGCCAAAAAUGUCCGUGGAUUCCUAUGCUAUAGCAAUGGAAGGAAAAACUUGGUCCAUCAUCCGAACACAUUAUCCCGAGUUUAUGCCAAUUAUCCUUAACAAAGGCAUGAUAUUUGGGCGGUUUGGACCUGAUCAGAAGACGCAACUGAUCACGGCGUUGCAAGGCGAAGGCUUCAUCGUGGGCAUGUGCGGCGAUGGCGCCAACGACUGCGGCGCGCUCAAGGCCGCGCACGUCGGGAUAUCGCUCUCCGAGGCUGAUGCUUCAGUGGCAGCACCGUUCACGUCUCAAGAGCAGAACAUUCGGUGCGUGAAGCUGUUGGCGCUGGAAGGUCGGUGCGCGCUCAGCACCUCCUUCGCCAUCUUCAAGUAUAUGGCUCUCUACUCCUUCAUACAGUUCUUCUCUAUACUCAUAUUAUACAAUUAUUACUCGAUCCUGGGCAACUAUCAGUUCCUGUACAUCGAUUUGGUGCUGACGACGCUGCUGGCGCUGUCGCUGGGUCGCGCGGGUCCCGGUACUGUACUGACGCGGACGUCGCCGCCGGUGUCGCUGGUGGCGGCGUCGUCGCUGCUGCCGCUGGUGGCGCAGGUGUCGCUCGUGCUGCUGCUGCAGGUCGCCGCCGUCAGACUACUGCACUUGCAGCCCUGGUACUCACCAGUGCAAGGAGACGCGAAAACAGAGCAAGUGUUGUGCUGGGAGAAUACAGUCAUAUUCAUAGUUUCUGCGUUCCAAUACCUCAUCAUGGCUUGCGUUUAUGCGAAAGGCUGGCCCUUCCGGCAACCAUUCUGUGCCAAUUAUUAUAUGGUAAUCACCCUGCUACUGCAGUCGGUGUUUGUGAUAGUCUGCCUCCUGGCUCCAUGGAAGUGGCUGGCCGACUUCAUGGAGGUGAUAGUGAUGGACCCUUUGAAUAAGGAGCAGUCUAUAUUCCGUGUCUAUGUGCUGCUCAUCCCUGUGCUGCAUCUCGUCUUGGCUAUAGCUAUAGAGGCGACUCUCUCGGACACGGAGAAGCUGUGCUCGGUGUUCCGCCUGGUGCGGCGGCGCUGCUCGGACAAGGAGGAGGCGGCGGCGGAGGCGGAGGCGGCGUGCCCGCUGUGGCCGCCGCACUCGCCCGCGCACCUCUGCUGACGCGCCGCCCCGCGCGCCCCGCACCGCCCGCCACACCCGCGCCCCCCACUCAGCUGAUGACGACAGCGUUUUCACAUUACCUACGACGCUGUCGAACACUCCGAUAGCGGGCAACGUAAUGUGUAUGAAAAUAUUGGAUUCAAACCCCGGUCUUGGUGCGAUGUGAAAGGCACCUUUCACGUCACAGCAUCCUGUUUCAUGCAUUUAACUUGUCCCGCGUCGGUGUCUGGUAACGAUAUCGUGUUUGAUAAUGUGAAAACGCUCUCGACGCUCAGCGCGCGGUACUACGUAUCACUCGUUACGAGUAAACGAGAGGUGAAUCGCUUGUCACCGCGAAGUGCGGACUCAUUGGUCUCAGCCGCACGGAACCAAAAGCUAACGUAAGGAAGUUUAAAAGAUUGUCUGAAAAAUUUGCCCCAAUCUACCACUUUUACUAUCGAAAUUGUCCAAUAAUUUGCCGGUCGCGUGCCGUUGUUCGGCUUUCUAAACAAAUUGUAUUGAUGUGUAAAGCUAACUUUUAAUAAGAAUAUGAACUUCUCGCCGUUUUCCAGUGUUACUAUCCUUGCGGCUGGUUCAAAAAGACCACGCUUCACGGCUGUGCUCGUGUAGCAUCUAUAUUCUAGUGAUAGCCUGUUACAGGUGAUAGAGAAGUAACGCGCAAGGUUAGCUAAUUAUCUUCGAAAUUAAUUAAUUUCGUUAUUGAUACUAUUUCUGUCCUGUUUGAUGAAUUCGGUCGUCAUUCAGUGAUGCAGUGCGUGGACACACCUAACUACGGCUCAGGAUAGGCACGACUCCUGUCGAUUCCUGUGCUAUUUUGUUUUAAAAGUAGUUCCGUUUUCGGCCUCUGAAGCCGUAGGUUUUUAGUUAUAAUAACAAACAAUGUGUAGUUUUAAUCCUAUUGCGAUGUAAAAGGCAAUAAUCGUAGACAGUUUUAAAUGUCGAGGGGCGUUAAUUGCUCUUCUCUCCAGUUACCUUUGAAUAAUUUAUUUAUACAACUCUUUUGUAUUUUUAUUUUUUAUAAAUUAUUUUGCCUUAGAUAAAUAUCGUUUAUUAUUCCCCCUAAAUCAACUUACGUACGUGGUUAAGUGAAAAGCUACUUAAUUUAUUUUAUACACGAUACAAAAUAGUUUGAUGAUUGAAAAAGCUGGUCUGCAAAAAGGGGUUUUGAUCGAAUGCAAUUAAGUAAGCAAUAACGUAAUAAUAUUUAGGUAAUUAAAUGAUUGUAACUCAUACCUUUUGAUCUCCAUACAUGAGUGACGUAAUGGUAAAGAGUAACUUUUUGCGGGCCAGUGAUGUUUUUGCAACUAGGCAACAUCCGUCAUCGCUUCGCAUUUACUGGUAUGAUGUACUUCAUUUACAGUACUUACUGCUCUGUGCUCAUUCGUUUGUGAUGUAGUUACUAAAAUAGAUAGUUUAAUCACCGAGUGAUGGUAAACGUUUUCGUUACACAUGACUAACAUAGUAGCGAUGAGUGUAUCGACAAUACCACACUUUAUUCGUAAAGAAAAUCAUUAGGCUGUAUUAUUAUAUCAUUAUCAUAAAAGACAUAAAUAUGUGCACAAAAAUAUGUACAAGGUUUUGCUACAUUGAAUCUAAUAUAUUUUUAAAACUCGGCCCAGCCUUUUAUCCCCUUUGAACAUAAUUACUACCAGUGUAGUUAGUAAAACACCUCGAUGUAGCACAAUCUUCCUAAAUUAUUGUACUUAUUAUAUAAAUUAUAUUUCCAGAUAAAGUUGAUAUUAUUCGUAAUAUAACUUAGAAUCAACUACAUGUUGUCCCACAAAAGUAUUACAGAAUCUACUAUACCUCUGAAUUUGUGCUAAACUAUAAAACGUUAAUUAUAUUUAUAAAAACUAUUUAAAAUCGUAAAGAUAAUGGUCUUGUUAAGAACAUCAUUAACAUUACGCUAUCAUGUUCCAUCGUCUGGUCCUUGACUGUGAGUCACUAUACUCGGAAAGAAUGUAUUAUUACGCCAAAGUUUGAUUAGUUAGCAACAAUGUUAAGGUACAACGUUAUUGGAAUUUAUUUUUAUAGUGGCAUAUUCGUAAAUUUAAAUUUUAUUGUGAAAACAUACGAGUUUUAGAAUUAUUAAAUUAAGCCAAAAUCGUCCUCAUCAGAUUCCUUUAAGAUCAAUGAUUUUCAUAGGUUGUCAAUUGUCGUAGCAAAUAAUUAGUAAGUGAACGCUAGUUCAUCAUGUAUAGUGUAAUUAAAUCAGGGCUAUGUUCCAUUCCUAUUAUUUAGUAAGUACUUAGAUGUUUGGUGCUUCUUUUGUUUAGUUAGUCACUUCGGUUACAACAUCGUAACAAUACUUAAAUAUACUUAAUUUGAGAAAUGGUAUUAUUCAAGCGAGACGUUUUACUAUUGUGAACACAUUUUGAACCUGUUAUUUAUUGAACUGCAUUAUUGUAGGUUUUCGACUUAAGUAUACAUAUUUGUUACGGUGAAUGUCUUGGUAUUUCUCGAAUAUUUGGAACUUGUUAAAUGUUUUGUAUCCAAUUCUCACGAUAAUGUAGUUCGAUACAAUUUUUACUAAUUGCGACAACUUUAGAAUCGAUGUGACCAGAAAUAAAUAAACGUUAAUGGUUCGAGAAA